GAUUGCAAAUACUACCAGUUUGGCAAACCUAAAAAAAAAAGGAAUAAGAAAAAGGUUUUCCUUUUUUUUUUCAGCCACUUCUCUGGAACUUGCAUCCACACGUCACUGUGAGUGUAUAAAAAAGGUGCAGAACAAAUGGGAGAUGCAGAGUCCUGAACAAGCUGAGGAGAAGAAGUCAUUCAUUGCCAGAAGACGAAGCUUUGCCUCAGUUUGAGACUCAAAGAUACAGAGAUCCUCUCUGAAAAUUACUCGCUAAUUCCUACCAUUUAAGACAAGGAUGAAUACUGCAGUCCACUACAUCGUCUUUCUGGCCUGCGCUUCCAUUUGCACUUCACAAGCUAUUAUACGUUGCCGGUGUAUAAAAACAAUGAAGACCAUUAAACCCUCUCUCAUCGCUGAUGUCGUGGAGUAUGGUCCUCGUCCAUAUUGCAACAGGCAUGAAGUCAUUGUCACUCUGAGAGAUGGGAGCCUGCGGUGUCUUGACCCCACGCAGAAAUUCACAAAAGCAGUCCUGCAAACAAUAAAAAAGCAGAGGGAGGCACGUGCUGCUAAGAUGAACAAGGCCAGAUCAACAACAACAGCCACAGCAUUGACCACAACAUCAGCCCCAGUGGACCCAAAGUCGUCAUAAUGCAAAUUGCUUGUGUUCAUCGUUACAACUCAAAUGACACAUGAGUUUGUAAGAAGAUCGGCUUAUCUUCUCACAGGAGCUGUGUUACAGCUGCAAUUCCUACAUAAUUCAAUAAAAUACGGCACAGUAAGAUCCCAAAACAAGUGAAACUGUUUCACUUCACUUGUUUUCAGUUUUGCACACUAGCUGCUGAAAGAUUGAGCCUGUUUGACUGCAUACUGUCUGCUCAAAUGUGACUGGUCAGUACUACCUAAACUUACAUACUACCUAAACUUCACACAAACUACAGAUUCUGCAUCCAUAUACUCGCAGAUAUGUGCAUAUAGUAAUUAGUAACACGUUCUAGCUGGCAUCUUUAAAACAUUCUGUAUGGCACUUGUUUGUGAAGUAAUUCAAGCUUGCAGAAACUGCCAUGAAAGUCAACAUUUUAAUAAUGUAGAAUGUGGCUAAAUGUGAGCUCUGUUUUACACUUGUUUGUGUAAGUUGAAGGAUAUCUUUCUAUUUUUUUAUUAGCAACAAAUCAAUAUUUAUGUCAUGUAAGUAUUCUGUCAUGCUACAUGAGUGUGAUGUUUUGUGUGUUUUUAAAGCUGAAAUUGUAAGGGACAAUACUGUCUGUUGCGGUGUGACACUGUUGAUGAGGAGCUGAAACACUUAAAUAAAUCUUGCAUUUCAGUAUAAACAAGCAACCAGUUUCCAGUUCAAAACAGCCAGGGAUUUCUGUCAACUUCACCUCUUAGAUAGCUGCAUUGUUAUCACUGUUGGCGUGCCGACCAAGCUGUGGGUGCUCGGACCAAUAAUCAGAUAACGUACAGACAGGACGAUGAAUGUUGACACUAAAAAAUGGAGGCAGAAACUAAAUAAAAGAAGAGUCGUGCCGGGACUGUACUGAGCUGCCAUGCUAACAUGGUCACAGUGGCAACAUGCUGAUGUUAAAUGGGUGUAAUGUUUAACAUGUUCAGAGUGUCAGCUGGCUAACAUUUGCUAAUCAGCACUGAACACAAAGUUAUCUCAGAUACCUGAGGGUGAUGGGCUUGUCAUUUUGGUUUGUGUGUGGUCGUUAAAACUUUAUCUGGUCAGCAAAAUUUAGACCAGAUGAUGGCAUUUAUUGAAAGGUCAGAAAGUUAAUGAGGUGAUUACAACUCAGGUGAGAUGAAUGUACCAAUCCAUCCAGUAAGCUGCCUGUACAAUCCGUUCAGAUGAGCAAAGUAGUGGACCAAACAUUGCCAUCUGCUGAGCUAUGCUGGCUAAAAAAUAUUACAAAUGUAUUAUGCUGGCCUUCCGGACAAGUAAAAUGACAAAUCCAAUCAACAUGAAAAACAGUCACAAUUUAUCAAUAUACAAAAGCAACUAAAUGACUGUCAGAGAAAUAGAAACAUGACAAAUACUGAUUUCAUAUUUUAUAUUUAGGACUCAAGUUCUGUCUCUUGUCAGUGAUGGUCAGAGCAAACCGGGAAAGGACUUUUGAAAACCAGACAUCACACUGUAUCAGGUUUGUAAUUCAUAUUCAGUAUGUUCAAUAUUACAGUCACUCUGUAUGUUGUGUUGUAAAAAUCCCAUUAGAAGUCCCCUCAAUGUUGUUUUACCAGACAGGAGAAUUUUGCUGAGUCAUAUUGUGAUACUUCAUUUCAUUUCUGACAGUCAUGUGGCCUUGAGGCUUUGCAUGAUGACCCACUUUUAUCCCACAUUUAUGACCAGAGUGUCUGAUAAAGACACAUGCCUUCAAUCAUAAGAGAGAAAUAUUUCUCAAGUCCAGUGUGGAAGUGCUUUGUCAUCAAGAGGAUGAUGUCCAUCGCUGGCUUUUUCUCUGAUUAUAGUGAAUGGUUGAUGCUGUGAUUUUUUUUUAUUUCUUCUUGAAAUUAAGAACAUGACUGGCUUAUAUCAUCAAACGAACAAGUUUCCUCAGGUUGUCUGUUAUGGCUGCACAGCUCGUACAUUGCUCUUGUUUUAACGAGUGAAAAAGGCGUUGAUCACCUUUUUCUUUUGCCACAAAAACAAGCUACCCUUCACACACACAUUUGCCAUAUCAUGGCCUUAUAGAGUAGUUCUAAUUAGCGAUUUGCACAUCCAGCAGAUGCAGACCAACAUUAUCAUUGAUUGGAGUCAUGUCACUGGGAACAUGAUAAAUGUGAGCCAAAUAUUUAAGCACUUGUUAGCUCUGUUUUGGUCUGCGCCGACUCUGUCUUAGUUUAGUUUGAGAAAAAUGCCUCUUUAGCAGCACUUUUUAAACUAAAUUGCCAACUCUGGUCAUCUGCCGUUUAGUACAGAAGUCUCCCCAAGCUUUUUGCAGGAAAACAAGCCAAAAACUGACGAGACCAGUGAGACCUAGUCAAGACAGUAAAGUUAUAAAGUAAAUUUGAGCCAUUGCUUAACAUAAAAACAUUGAUUAAUACUGCUUUGAUAACCCAUUUCCUCCCAACAUUAAGAAAUAAUUGGACAGAAUAUCAGCCAGAACAAAACACAUCAACACAAACUAACACCAAAUGGAAGACAAAUAGCAACAUUAUUUAAAAAAAUUAAUGAAAACUGACUCAGUCUGUGUAUUGUGCUGUAUAUGCAGGGUCAGACGAAGCCCCCUGGGAACAGAAAUAACACUAUCUCACUGUAUCAUAUUCACUGUAGUCACAAAACUAUGUUUGUUUACAGAGCUGCAUGUGAUGAUCACUUUAUCUUUUUCCUCUUUCAAAAUCAGAGGGGGAAAAACACAGUUCAAUACCUUCACAGAGCUAUGACAAACAGAAGAUAACAGAAGAUAAAUGAUACUGUUAGAUGAGCAGCCAGACAGAGCAGUUAUGUCUGUAUGACUCAUAUCUGUGUCUGCUGAACACCAACGUGUUGCCUCCUAACCUCAGCGGGGCCUCUGGUCUGUCCGUUAACCCGCCAUCCCGUGGUUGCCUUCUGCUGCACAUGUGAACGCACCAAAGUGAAACCAACAUUUUCCUCAAAUUCCCCACAGUUCUUUGUGAAAAGCACAUGAUGCACUUUAUGUAUCAAUAUCAGAGUGCAAAAUGUAUAUAAAUAGUCACAGCAUCUGUUUGAUUUCAUUGCGAGUCUGGGAAGUCCUCAAUCAGCUGUGUGCACAAGAUGAAGCUCUGCAUUCUGCUCGUGUUCGGGACCCUGCUUGUCCUCAUUGACGGUAUGCCGGCAAUCAACAGGGACUACAACACACACUGUCGGUGUCUGCAGGUGGAGUCGAGGAUCAUCCCUCCGGACAACCUGAGGAGCAUCAAGCUCUUCCCUGAGGGGCCCCACUGUCCGGAAACAGAAGUCAUAGCUGGGCUGGCGAGCGGUGAUAAGGUUUGCCUGAAUCCACGGUCAUCCUGGGUGAAGAAGCUCAUCCAUUUUGUUCUUGAGAAACAGCAGGGAGGAGCGCUUCCUAAGAAUCGAGGAUGAAAACAAUUAAAUUCAAGUCUGUGAAAGUACCUCCUUUCUGCAACCAUGAGCCGUGCUGUUUUACUUUAAUAAGUAACAAAUGAUGUCAUGUUUAACCAGUUUUGUGUAACUAAAAUAAUCUUUUCUUGUGUUUUCUGUUGUUUUCAGUGCAGCAUUGUAUUUUUACUGUAUGAUUUCUACCACAUAUUUUACAGUAAAUUGCAAAAUAACGUUGAUUCUCAAUUUAUAUUGUUUAAGAGUUAGAAAGAGCACAAAAAUCAGCACAAAGUGUGUGAUUAUGUUAGAAAGUAAAAAUAUCAGCUAAAAAUUAAAAGAAGACAUAAUUAAAGGCAUUUAAUUGUGAAAAUAACGUGUUAAGUUUGACUAGAAAGGCAGAUGAUUUCUCAGAGUUUGGUGUCAUAUUCCAUAAGUUUCAGAUGUCUUAUUCUAAUAUACAGCAUAUCAUGUUUAUGUCUGCUUCUCCAACAAUAACAACAAAUAACUGAUUUGAUUCUUGAGUCUCUGAUGAAAGACUUAGAAAGAAAACUGAUAAUUGUAAUGUCAGACUAUACAGAAAAAUUAAAAAAAAGGUUAAAAAGUAAAA